AGCGCCCAAGAGUACGACACCCGCGAGAUGGCUCAGAGUCAGGCCGAGCACGACGAGGCCCACACUGAUGGCGUUGAUACGAAACUGCACAACGCAGUUCGGAAUGGCGAAACAGAGGUGGUCGAAUUUCUUCUAAACCAUGGGGCCAAUAUUCAAGCUAGGGACGAGGAUGGCGAUACACCCCUUCAUAUUGCAGUUUUCUGCAGGCAAGUGGAUGUAGCUAAUUUCUUUCUUAGCCAUGGAGCUAAUAUUGAAGCUGAAAAUAACAACGGCGAAACACCCCUUCAUUAUGCAGCUUCCUACGGGGAAGCACCCUUUCAUUCUAAGCUCCUUCUUAGCCAUGGAGCCAAUGUUGAAGCUGAAAAUAACAACAAUAACACACCCCUUCAUAAUGCAGCUUCCAACGAGCAAGUGGAUGUAGCUAAGCUCCUUCUUAGCCAUGGCGCCAAUAUUCAAGCUAGGGAUAAGGAGGGCCAUACACCCCUUCAUUAUGCAGUUUCCUGCAGGCAAGUGGAUGUAGCUAAUCUGUUUCUUAGCCAUGGAGCUAAUAUUGAAGCUGAAAAUGACUACGGCGAUACACCCCUUCAUAGGGCAGCUUUGUACGGGGAAGUGGAUAUAGCUAAGCUCCUUCUUAGCCAUGGAGCCAAUAUUCAAGCUGAAAGCAACGAAGGCUAUACACCCCUUCAUUAUACAGCUUUCGACGGGAGAACAGAGGUCUGUCAGUUGCUUCUUGAGCAAGGAGCCAGUAUCAACGCUCAAGAUGGAGAGGGCGAUACACCGCUUCAUGUUGCAAGUAGGGAAGGGGAAAUAGAUCUGGCCAGAAUACUUGUCGAACAAGGGGCUGAUAUGGACACUGAGAAUACACAUGGCAAUACAGCGCUUAGCAUUGCCAUACGGAUGAAGCAAGAGCAUAUCAUUGAAUUUCUGCAGGAACAUGGCAAUGGGUCUUCAGCGGAAGCCAAGGUUUAGAUAAUAUGGAGAUUGUUCGUACGCCACAUAGCGGUUUCUUAUAGUAGAUUAGCCAAGAUAUCUCAUAUUGUACCUUUCUCAUUUUAAACAUAACUACAGGGAUUUCUCAACGCCCAUCGCUUCUCGAAUACCCUCCUCAAUAGCCGACACUCUAGCCUGUUCCAAGCGCUUAAGAGGCCGGCGAGGGUAUCCUCCGUAUCCAUAAUAGCUCUGAAUCGCCUGUUUCGUGCCCGCAAUAGCAGCCUUUGUCAACGGCCAGUCGCCACGGCUAAGAACCUUUUGUAGCUUCUCAGCCUCCUCCUUCUUGCCCUCGGAAUACAGAUCCCAGACCUUGACGCACAGCUUGGGCAUGACAUUGGCACCUCCAGCAAUGAUGCCGCUGCCGCCGCUGACAAGAGUCUGGAGGGUGAAAUCGCACAUGCCGCCAAAGGCCAUGUAUCCUGACCCUUCCUGGAAGGGGGUCUUUGCGUUUGUGCCGAGGGCGACUCGCGUGAGCUUUCCGGUGUUGCCACAGGUGAAUUUAGUUCCGGUGAUGUUCUUGUGCUCGGCUAGCUUGAUCAGCAGGUCGCUGUCCAUGUCGACGCCAGACACGGCGCCGGGGUAGUUGUACAGGAUGAUUGGGAUGGGGCUCUCGUCAGCCAGGGCGAUGAAGUAGUUGUAGAUGCUCUCCUCGUCGGUCUGGGCUCGGUAGUACGAAGGCGGCAGAACCAAAGCAGCUGCGGCACCAGCGUCAGCGGCCAGCUUGCACAGCUCAAUGGCGCCUCUGACGCUGCCUUCGGUUGCGCCGAAGAGGACGGGCGUUGACUGGAAGCCGGCGGCGUCGAGGGCUUCUCUUGUGGCCUUGAGGACGGCAAUCUUUUCUUCUCUCGUGCAGUGGACGGCCUCGCCGUUGGAUCCCAUGACGACGAGGCCAGCGAGGCCGGCCUUGGCGAGUCGCUCAGCGUGUUUCUUGAUGGUGGGGAUGUCGAGGUCUUCGGUGUUGGGGUCGAAGAAGGUCAUGGUAGGGGCGUAGAUGCCGCAUGGCAGCGACUUGGGAGCUGCCAUUAUGAUGUCUGGGUAUAUGAAGGCACGCAGGAUAUUGGGG